AUGAUCUCCUCGCUUCUCUCCCGAUCCACCUUGGGUCGCGGUGCUCGCAACUUCGCUACCUCAGCCGCAUCACUCGAUGCUGGCGCAAAGCUCAACAAGCCCGCUCGAUUUGCACAGCCCAUCUCUGCCUCUGAUAUUCCUAAGGGCUUUGUCGUCUCUUCAACAUAUGCCGCUAUCAAGGCUGCCAUCUCGCCAAAGCCAGCUGGGGGUGCUGCGGCGGCAUCCAACCCCAAUCCAAAGCCAGACCUUGCGCUGAUUGUGUCGACAGUCCCAGCAGCUGCCGCUGGUACUUUCACUCGUAACGUGUUCAAGGCCGCCCCUGUGGUGGUCUCCAACCAGGUCUUCCUAGAUGGAGCCAAACAAGCGGAAGGAACACGCGUACAGUCAAUUCUUGUCAACUCAGGAUGCGCAAACGCCGUUACAGGAACCAAAGGUAUGCAAGAUGCAGAGCAGUGUGUUCUACUGGUAAAGAAGAAUUUGGCCCCGCAUCCUGGGCUCGCAGCAUCCAACACGAAAGGCCGAGAAACGCUGUUGCUAUCCACCGGUGUCAUCGGUGUCCCAUUACCCAUGCCUACCAUUAAACGCUGCAUCCCACACCUCGCCAACGGUAUGAUUCUCAAAAGCGACCCCGAAUCAUGGCGAGAAACCGCUCGAGCUUUCAUGACGACCGACACCUUCCCCAAACUGCGUGCAAAGACCUUCACCCUCGGAGGCAAAGAGAUUCACAUGAUCGGUAUCGAUAAGGGCGCAGGUAUGAUUCACCCUGCCAUGACUGGUCCCACCCCUUCUCCCUCCAGCGGCAAGCUUCAUGCUACCUUGCUCGGCUUGAUUGCAACCGACGCUGCUGUUCACCCGACCGCCUUGCAGGUGGCAUUGAACCGAGCAGUCUCGCGAUCAUUCAACUGCAUCUCUGUCGACGGAGACAUGUCUACCAACGACACCAUCCUCCUUCUCGCCAAUGGUCAAGCCAAACCCGCCUCCAAGGCUGAAAUCGACGAAUCGAGUCCAGACUUUGAACCAUUCGUCAAAGAACUCACCAACUUCUGCCAAGAACUUUCCCAACUUAUCGUACGAGAUGGUGAAGGAGCCGAGAAGUUCAUCGAGAUCGUCUGCACCAACUCUCCUUCGUUCGAUGUAGCACAUGGCUUGUUGUCGAGAUUGGUCACUUCGAUGUUAUUCAAGUGCGCGAUUCAUGGCGAGGAUGCUAACUGGGGUCGUAUCUUGGCUUCUGUAGGUGGUGCGCAUCCAAAGUUGACAGAGAGUAUUGACCCAAGCAAGGUUUCGGUCAGUUUUGUCGAUCCAACCGGUGCAGAGGCCGGUAGCGUCACAGUGUUGAAGGAUGGAAACCCGGUCCAGGUGGACGAAAGCGAGAUCGAGAAGUUGCUGAAGAAAGAGGACAUUAAGAUUGUUAUUGAUCUCAAGACGGGUAGCGAAGAGUGUACCUACUGGACCUGCGAUUUGAGUAGGGAGUACAUUGACAUCAAUGCAGACUACCGUUCGUAA